CGGCGGUUGUUGAGCGAUGGAGUCGGCGGAUCCGAUCGAUGUGGACAUCGACAUGUGGGCGCGCAAGAAGCGCGUGUACGCGCAGCAGCUCGCCGAGCGCCUCGAAGGCGACGCGGCCUUCCGUGCCUCGUUUGAGAAGACGAUGCUCAACGUGCGCGCGAUCCACAAGCUCAGCUUGGACUACGAGCGCCGGCGCGUGGCCGAGAACCGCAUGUUUGGCCUCUCGUGCGCGAGCCUCGGCCUCGUCCUCAUCGAGUGCUUGACGGACGCGGGCUGGAUCCGGUACGUCAAUGCGCUCCUGACGGCGCUCUUGCUUGUGCUGCUCGUCUCGCGCUAUUCCAUCCAGCGGGAGAUCUACGUGGGCAAGGGCAUUUCGCCGCCCAACGUGCGCCUCUAUGAGCUGCCGGCGUCGCUCGUGCUCUCGUUUGCCGUCGAAUUCGUUGUCUGCAGCAUCUUUCUCCCGCCCGGCUUUGAGGGCACGUUCACCAUGUGGCAGUGGAUCAUGGCGCCGGCCAGCCACGGGCCGCCGUGCCCCUUUGGCGGCACACACAGCGGCGACGGCUGCUACUUUGUCUUCGACUACGACUACCAAGUGCUCGGGCUCUUUGUGUUUCUGCGCAUGUACAUGGUGCCACGGUUCAUCCGCAACCUCUCCGACUUUUACAGCUCCCGCAUCGCGUUCGUCGGGAGCUUGAACAACGUCGAUGCGCUCGGCGUCCUCUUCUCGAUCAAGUACAUGCUUCGGACGCGCCCGUUUCCGCUGCUCGUAGUGGGCUUUACGGCGACGCUCCUCACGGUCUCGGCCGCGCUCGUCAUCCUCGAGGCGCCUGUCAACCCCGCCGUGUCGACGUACUCGAACGCCAUGUGGCUCACCGUCGUGACGAUGGCGACCGUCGGAUACGGCGAUCGCGUGCCGAUGACAAUUCCCGGCCAAGUGCUCAUGGUGCUGGGCGCGAUGGCCACGGGUAUUCUCUUCGCGGGCAUUCUUAGCGCGUCGUUCUUCGCGCUUCUGGACCUUACGGAGCGCGACCGCAACGUCUUCAACCUCCUCAGCAAUGAAAAGGAAGCCAAGGCAACGAGCCUGGCCGCCGCGCGGCUUAUCCAGGCGGCUUGGAACCACUACCAGUGCCGCCGCCGCGAGGCCACGCCCGUCGCUGUCGCCAACGCCGCGUCGGUGCUGCUCUAUGCAGCCGCGCAGACGGCGCGGAAGCUCCGCAAGUCCAAGAAACUCAGCGUCCCGUCCCUCACCGACCAGCUACGCGACGAGUUUGCCGGACUCCACGCAUUGGCCACGGCGGACCACGAGGCCCGCCGCCAGCGUCUCGUGGCGAUGGAAGCCGACCUCGACGCGAGCCUCGCCCGCGCCCACGCCCUCUUGCCGGCGUAAGACAACUCCGUCUUGCAUCCUGUCAUGCGUAAGAUCAAUCAAUACAUGCGUCGAAACACCAA